AACAAACACAGACUGCCUGUUAAAAUAGACCGGAUACAACUUUCAAAAUAGCAAAGACACAAGGGCUUGGAGGAUAGAUUGUAUAGUCACUGGGCUGCUGGUUGUGGAGGUGUUAUUUCUGAUGCAUCGUGGCUGUUUAUUAUUUUUUUUUUUUUGCUAGGAGUCUGACUCUCUGCCCCCCAGCCUGGCUGCCUUCUCUCCCUCUGAGCCGGGGGUGGUGCUGUAUGUGGGGUACGGAAUGGAGAGAGAGAUCACCUUCUACAGCCUGCACCAGAAAAGGAUUAUCAGGAAGAUUGCUCUGUCUCACUGGGCAACUUGCUUAACCCUGUCCCCAAGAGGACAGCUUAUUACGGUUGGCUGUAAUGAGCGACUUAUAAAGCUGAUCAAGUCAACAAGCGGAAAGUUCCAGGAUUUCACAGCUCACAGCGACGCGGUCCACGUCUGCAGAUUCACGCCGUCUGGCAAACUGCUCUUCACUUCUGCCUACAACGAAAUCCUGCUGUGGGAGGUCCAGGGCUUGUAGAGACUGCGAUCAAUCAACUUCCCUUUUACAAUCUCUAAAGGAGAAAGAAGCAUUUUGAAAUGCAUAUCGACUGAUAUAAUCUACCCCAUACCCCACCCCCCAAAUCAUAAACCACCCAACUGACCAGACUAGAAAACUGAAUCCCACAGAAUCGCAACAACCAUUUUAGAUGGAGGAGGAGCAGGAAGAAAACUAAUAAACUCAUACGAUGAUAAUUCUAGUGAUUUAAUUGGGGGUUGACAUUGAAACCAGACACCAGUAGAGAAUGAAUCUGGUCUUUUUUCCCCAAAGAUGGAUACAAAUUAUUUUAUCACUUGUUUGAUUUUUAAAUACGGUUUUCGGCUUUUGCCGCUGCCAUAUUGUACAUGCGGACAAUUCAAGCAAAUCUCUCACUGUAGCACUGAAACUAAGAGGGCUUGUUCUUUUUAAAGACAGCUGAUUUGUUUGUUCCAGAUUGCUGAAAGAAGACACAGUCCCAUGUGCUUGAUGGAUUUGUGACCCCCAGUCGUGUCACAAUUAAAAUCUGCUGUGUAAAAUUAUAAAAAUCACUAUGCAAGUGACAAAAAAAACAUACUAACAGCAUUCAGUUGUGUAUAUUUUAGCAUUCUUUCUCUUAUUACUAUUAUUGUUCCAAACAGUAAUUAACUUUUAAGUAGUAAU